CGUGACCGUAAGGGCGGCACAACUCUGAUUCUAUCGCACACAGACACUCCCGGGAGUAACCGAAGGCACCAAGGCGACCCGCACACGGCUGCGGAACUCAAAGAAACGGAAAACAGACGACUGGAGAGGAAGGGGAGAGCAAGAAGCAACGAGUGAAACAUCGCGAUUCAAGCAGUGAAGAACGGCCUGAGAGGCACUGCGACACUGGGUACGCACCAUGCACAAGCGACAACAUUGAGAACACCGUUCGUUGCAUGAAAGCACUUGUCAAUGUUUGCUGUUGCUUGAUUGUUGGUUGCUUUGAAACAGGCCGGUCAUGGCAUCGGGCCAUCGUGUCCGCCUGCUGAUCCUGCUGGUGGCAUCUCUCUGUCUAUGUGCGACGGUGACAGCUCAGUGGUUUGGUGGCCGCAGCAGCCGUGCCGAUACUGCCGAUUCCGAGCCUGCUCCAGCCGCCGAUGAAUCGUCGCGUCGCAAGUGGUGGCACCUGGACAAUGAGCCUGUAGAGGACCUCGGCGCGCCUUCCCCAACGCUAUUCGGCGGCUCACGGGCAGCGGGACAGGACGAACCGACUACCACAAGCCAGCCGUGGUUUGCAGGCCUGUUCCCGCCAUUCGGCUUCUCCUCUCAGCCGGCCAAAGAUGCCUCUGGUGCAGAGGAGGGCCUCAAGCCACUCAACUCCAGCAGCUUGGAGGGCUCAAACGGGCGCAUCAUCUGCCUGUUCAAUGACGACAUACAGAGCCACCAGGAGACCAACCGCGCCACCCUGCUGAGCGACCUCCGGUCAGCGUGGCGUGACCGCACCGCUGAGUGCCGCGAGCCGUUCGGAAGCCGAUUCCUGAGCUCACUGGGCAUCGAGAUCUUCACGGUCCAAGAGGAAGCCCAGUACGGCUGCCUGAAGGACCUGCUCACGCCCUAUCAGGACAUGGUCACGUGCACGCCAUCCUUCCUUUUGACCCGCAUCUUCCAAGCACAGCCGACCGGAUUCCUCGGCGGCAUCCUCAGCAACAACGCUCCCAGCGGCGACCAGCAGACAGUGACCACCAAGAAGGCCGACGGGCCGAUGUUCGCCGGUGCGAAUCGCGGCAACAAGACCACCCAGCGUGAAGACUUCGAGUGGUUCAGGAACGCCAAUGACGUCAUCUUCGGCGGCGCGAGUCAGCUUCAGAACGUCCUCAAGGCAUAUCAGCAGUCGGACUUCGCCAAGAAGGAGGAAGAACAGAAAAAGGCCGCCGCUGAGGCCGAAGCAGCCAAGGCCAACAAGAACACGGGCAGCGGAGCAGUGUCCACACAAGCUGUGGGAGCGGGUGCCAUCCCCUUCGACCAAGGCGCGCUGGGAGAUAUCGCCAACGCUCUGCCGCAGCAGGCCAUCCAGGAGCUGAGCCCGCGGGCCAAGGAGCAGCUGCAGGUCGUCAGUUCCUUCAUCGGCACGGGAAUGGACUACUUCAUCAAGGCCAUGCAGGGCAUGGCGCCCACACCGCUGGAGGGGCUGGCGGGCGCGGGAGGGCCUGGCAUUGGCGAUGUGCAGCAGGCCGUCGCCCUUUCGGCCGAGCAGGAGUCAGAGGUGCAGCAGCCCCACGGCCGCCCAUCCGACAACCAGGCAGGCGGGCUCUUCGCCCGCAACAGCCGCGAGAUCCCCCACAACGGCAUCGAUGACGAUGGCAACGGCUUCGUUGACGAUUUCAUCGGUCACGACUUCACCAAGCCCCCUCAGCAAGGCGGCAGCGGCUUCAGUGCCGCAACAAAGGACGGCAGCCACGACACGGCAGCAGGAGUGCUCUUCGCCGGCAACUGCCAGCGCAAGAUCGACUUCACCAACCUGGGCUCGCUGGCACAGGGCGAUGGGUGCAACGCCAGACGCCUCGGCCGGGCGCCACGGGCCAUGCCCCUGAAGGUGUGGAGUGAGGAAAGGGGCGGAGCCGAUCUGGCUGACGUGCUGACGGCCAUAGACUACUCGGUUCAGCGCAAUGCGUCCAUGGCCUACCUCCCUCUUGGGUUCGGCGACUUCCCCUCACUGCAGCAGGCCAAGGAGGGCCCCCGCAUCCUCAGGACGGCCAUCCACAGGGCCUCGCGUCACGGCCACGUGUUCGUCAUCCCAUGCGGCAACGAGGGCAUCCAGCCGCAGCUCCAGUCGACGCUCAACCUCAAGGAAUACGUCGAGACCAACCUGUGUGACGUGCCGGGUGCGGCCGUCCUCUGUGUGUGCUCCAUUGAUUCCGCAACCGGGCAGCCGACUGAUUACACCAACAUACCGCUCCUCACCCGCAAUGUGCUGUGGGCCCCCGGCAGCCUUCUUAGUGUCGACUCAUCGGGCAACCAGACGACCUUGACGGGCACCAGCCUCGCAGCCGCCUCCGUGCUGGGCACAGCAGCCAUGGCACACGCAGCCCUUGGAGACGUGGCGACACCGGAUCUCCUCUUUGCGUCCCUUCUGAGCAGCGAGCGCGAGGUCUUCGCGCCAGGCCGGCCUCUCAGCAGCGACGUCGCGCAGGAGUUGUCGCAGAUACAGCACAGCAAGGCAGCGGCGAGAGACGCGACACGGCGCCGUAUGCAGGCCGCCGCCCCUGCCGUGUCCUUUGUCGACAUCGCCAGAGGAGCUGCCAACCUGGCGUCGGUCGCGGGCCCUGCAAUUGCCAAUGCUCUUGGAACCGUUCAGGGGCAACAAGCACCGCCACCGGCAGCCCCAGCUGCUGCUGGGGCUGCUGCUCCUCCUGCUGUUCCUGCUCUUGCUGGUGCGGCGGGGAAUGGGCGCUUGGUGCAGAACCUGGGAAGGCUGGUCGAUCCUACUGCAUCAUUGCUCAGCGGCAUCGCUGCGAGGAACGGAAUCGCCCCCCAAGGUUAGCAGCGAGCCACGCAAUCGACUCAUUCAUUCUCUGCUCACUCUCCGGCUUUCUUUUGUAUGUAUGUGUGGCGCCUUUCUCUGUGUCAGGUGCUGCGAGUUGCCUGACGAAAGACACUAUGCUGGUCGGCGGCACAGUGCUCGGCACACCCAAGGAGUACCAAGCCGCCAACCAGUGCCAGGCCGUGUGUCAGCAGACGGCCACCCCCCAGCAGUGCACGGCAUUCUCUUUCAAGGCCCCCAACGAGUGCACCCUCUUCAACAGCCCCACGGCCCAGAGCUCCACCCCCGGCACCGUGUCAGGCCCGGCAUUCUGUCCGCAGCCACAAGCAGGGGCGCAGAGCGAGCAGGUGGCAGCGUUGGGAGCUUUGGCCCCCGGCCUUGCCUCUGCCGGGAGUCUCCUCCUUCCGGGCGCGGCGGCGCCCCUCAACUUGGCUGGGCUGGGUGCUGGUCUGGCGAGCAGUGGUACUCUAGUCGGCAAUGUGGCGGCUAAUCUGCCUGGUAUUGUGUCGACAAGCGCAAAGGCGCUGUCCACCGGUUUGGGGGCGGCGAGCGAGGUGGCCAAGUACGUGGACUUGGCCAAGGCGGCCGAGCUGGUGACACUGGCGAGGGACAACGGUGUGUUCAAGCGGCUGCCGGUGUCCAACCCCAUCCCAGACCUCAAGAUGCAGAGCCUCCCGCCACAAGGAUGUAAGUAUGGUGGCAGGGGGAGGGAUAACAAUUCAGUGGGUGGUGUGGUGUGAGUGUGAGUGUGGGUGGGUCAUGUCAUGUGUGGAUGUCCGUGUGCAGCUGGUAAGCCCAAGAUCGACUGUUUCAAGCAAGGCAUGAAGUGCUGCAUCCCACUGGCCGCCCUCAACGGACGAUACGAAGGCAGAUUCGCGUGAGCAGCAAAAAACAGAAAGAAGGAGACGCACUCCCACCGCCGGCGAUGCCCGACCACUUUGUCUCUUUCUGUUUGCAGGCCUGCCUUCUUGAGCGGCACUGAGCAGUGUUCGGCGACCCUCUCGAGCGACAUUUUCAGCAACCCCAAUGACUUCGGUGGUGACGUGUGCGCCACGGCCGUCUUCAAGGGCGAGGGCAACUGCGGCAUGCGCGUCUACGACGCCGGCCCCACCAAGCUCUACGAGAACGAGCUGCGCCACCGUGGGGCCAACAACAAUGUCAUCUGCCGCUGCUGGCUGACCAAGAAGGAGGACGGGGACAUGUCGGUCAAGGGCGAGGCCACAUGGGAGGUCACUGUCCAGGCCGCCAACGGCAGGACGGGAGAGGGAGCCGAACUCGGCGCCCUCGGACAGGCUGGAGGACUGGUGGAAUUUUUGGGAUCUGAGGAGGGCCAGGCGGCCCUCUCGGGCGCCGGACAGCUGCUCAAUCAGGUCUCCGGCACUCCCGCUCCCCCGGGAGCCAGGCCGGUGGCUGACAUGCCUGUGGUUGGGAGGCUCGACGGGGCGAUCGAUGCCGUCAACGCCUACGAUUUCCAGUCGGGCAGCUUCGCCGACACACUGAGGGCCCAGUCGGUGGAUGAGGUGGACACACCCGGCGGCAAGGUGGCCGUCACACUGCUCACUGGUACGAGGGAGGGUGUCGAGGACGUCAAGGACUACGUGGACAGCCAAGCGCCGGAGAAAGGUUCAGGCAGGCGCUUGCUCCAGCAAGUGGACGCACCUGACGCCAGCAUCAGCCCCAAGUGCAGUGCGUGGCUGUGGGCUAACCACGUGUAUGCGAGGCGGUCACACUGCGAAGAGGCGCCGCUCGAGUACCAGGCCGUGAAUGAGCAGUGUGCACCUGUCGAGCUGGUCAAGGACGGCUGCCCAGCCACAGAUGCAGUCAACUUGAGGAUGGUAUGCCCACUGACCACAUGCACUGCACUGCACUGGACGAGGAGGAUCUGCAUCCAUCCCAUUCACUCUCUUGUUCGUUCGUGUGGCUGGGUGUGUGUAUGUUUUGUCAGUGCGCAUUGUCGUGCGGGCUGAUGUGCUUCAAGAUGGACAAGCUCCGGUGGUGGGACGCCGCCCCCUACCGCCUGCACACGGAGUUCAUCACCUACCCCUCCGUGCCGGCCCUGCGAGCCAACCUCGAGACCAGGUGCCCGGACUUCCUCGACGCACUCCUGCAGAGCAACGACACAGGCAUCCUGCCCAUGGCAUCACUGAGCCCACAGAGACGGCAGCUUCAGCGACGGCAACCACGGUGGCGAGACGCACGAGAGAAGAAGGACGAGGGAGACACCAGCAGCCCCACCGGCCCACCGUCUCUCGAGGACUUGGUCAACGACGGCCCUCUGGACCUGCUGCCAGCUGGAGACAUCCCUUCAUCGGCAGCGGCAGAUGGCACGUCUUUCGUCGAGCUGGUCUCCGACCUCGGCAACUCGGUCGUAGCGCUCGUCGCUGAGGAGGACCUGCCCCUGCUGAAGCCAUCGCCAUCGGAGGACCCCAUGGCAAGUCUCGCCAACACAUUCGGGGCCUUCCUCGGCGCGUCCCCCAACGCGACCAACGCGACGGAUCGGUGGGCGGGGCUCUUCCCCGAGGGCGCGCGGGAGGAGCUGGGCAUCGUGACGUUCAACCAGAUGACGGGCGUCAUCAUGUCGGCCAUCGUGGACGAGGGCAAGAACGUGGUGGGGCCGGUGUUGCCCAAGAAGGGGUGGGAGCUGGCCGAGGUGCUGGCGAGGCCCGAGCUGAUUCGGUGGCGCUAUGACGUGCCGCUGUACACAUUCAGCAAGGUGAUGGAGUUCAUCCCCAGCCCCAACGAUGACGGCGUGGCGCUCGACCUCAUCCAGAGGGAACAGCUGGGGCUCACCCUGCCGCAGCUCGACACACGCAGCUAGCUAGCUAGCUCGGGUGGUGGUGGUGGGGAGGGGGAGGUGCCUAAUUCGUGAAUCGAUGUGGUGCAAGGCAAGAGUCAUGGUAGCCAUUUAUGCGUACGUCUUGUCGAUAAGUAGAGGGGGCGCAUUGAUGUGCCAGUGGGGGGGGGGGGGGGGAAC